AUGGCGAAACCUCAGGUGAAGGCGACAGAAUCAGCGGAUGAGGACGAAGUGUUUGGGACAUAUUUCGGGAGACUUUUUGUCGGUACAUUAUCAACUACAUGUAUAUUCAUCCUCGGCCUCGUUCUUCGAUAUCUGUUUGGCGACCAGAUUGGCAGCAAGAUCCGAUUGAUAGUACUCUGCAUCUUACAUUACCUGGCAGGUCUCGUACACCUGCGUCAAAAUAUUGGGAGCUGGAUGCAACAUGACGGACCGAAUGCUCCAUUCCCCUCGUUAAAGGAGUUUUGUUAUUUUUUACCUUCAAUUCUUGUUUCCGUCGACUUUUUAUACUGGAUUCAAGCUUUAAAGGCAGUUCUCCCUGCUCUUACCUUAGGCUUCCUAACUUAUCUAGCUUUCGGCACGAUGAUUUAUGACUACACAGGUCUCUGCAAGUGGUCUAACGACUUGAUGGAAUGGCUGUUUUUCAAGAAGCUAGGUGCCAAAAACUACAUCCUGGUCCAGUCGGUGUUUGCGAGCCUUGCAGCCUCGAAGUAUAGUGUGUCAUUCUCGAUGCCAGUUUGCAAAUUGCUAUGCUGGACUUGGCCAAGCGCGGAAGAGCCAUGCUCAAAACUUCCUUUCUUCAUCGCAGUCAUACCAAUCGUAGUGUUAUUAGUUCCGAUUGUGGUCUGGGGGCAACACCUUAAAACUCCAUUUCGGGGUUCUUUACGACAUUGCCGCAUAGAGUUCGAACCAAAAGUCAGCGCAGUUAGACUAGGCCAGUUGGAUUACCAGUACGAGUCUUUAAAACCUGGUUUCAUUCGCGUCCUUGAUGUGCUCCCUCCGGAUUCGAUUCUCGGCUCCUAUAUCAACACAAGAAUACGGCAUAUCCGGCUUCAGGAUGCAAAAUAUGAUGCUAUCUCAUAUACGUGGGGAAAUCCUGUGAAAUCAAAGGGAAUUCUUAUUGAUGGGAAAUGGUGCUCUGUGACGGAAAAUGCUUUUGAGGUUAUCAGGGACCGUGUGUGUUUCUCUAAUACUCGAACCAUCUGGAUAGAUUGCAUAUGCAUAGAUCAACAGGAUGAUCAGGAAAAGACCCGACAAGUCGGGAUGAUGAGCGAAAUAUAUCGGCGGGCUGAUCGAGCAAUAGUCUGGCUGGGAGAUGUACCAGAUGCCAUGUUAGCCUUUUCGCUGAUGGAAGACUUUUGUCGCAGGGUGAAGAAGCAGGAGGCGAGUGGAGGUCAAGAAUAUCAAUUUCGGCCGAACAACGCAGCCCGAACAUGGCUGUUUGGAGUAUACAACAGGUUCGACCCAAGGUUUUGUGCUUUAGCCCGCUUGCUUGGCCAUCCAUAUUUCCGUCGACUCUGGGUCAUCCAGGAGAUCACGUUUGCUCAGGAGGUCCACCUUCAUUGUCGUGAUUGUUGGAUCAACUGGUCAGAUUUUGAAUGGGCGGUCUUACUACUCAUUAAUCCAAGGUAUCGCGAUCUUGUUGGCAGCGACAAGGUAAUGUGGUCAAUGCAGCGGCCAGCCGUUCUGUCUCAGAUUCAGCAAAUCAGUUCAUACAGGCAUAAACUAAAGGGUAAUGACGCCUCUGAUCGGCUUCCUCUAGGUGUGAUUCUAGCGGAAACGUCUAUUGCUGAAGCAAGUGACACCAGAGAUCUUGUCUAUGGGCUUCUGAGCAUGUCAAAGGCUGGAGAAGACCCUAACAUGGCCCCAGACUACACCAUAGACACUCCGCAAGUGUUCAAAAACACUGCAAAGUAUCUACUAACAAAUUCGGAGCUCGAGGACAUUUUGUAUGGCUCCGGCGUCGGAUAUCCAAGACAGACAUCUGGAAUCCCUUCUUGGAUCCCCGACUGGGCUUGCCAAUCACGCGUUAACCGGCUGCGAAAGAAGGGGGUGUUCAUCUACAAUGCGUCAAAUGGACGAACCCAAGUCAUACAAGCGCCUGACUCUGAGACGAUUCUUAUGCGUGGCAUAACUUUUGACAAAAUUUCAGUUAUGUCAUCUCGGUCCUUCACUACGGAGAAUCCCGACAUUCACAGCUCGGGAUGUGAAGAAUUUGGAGCUGAGAUGCUUUUCUUAGAGCUUGAAAUCCGGGAGCUCGCGGAAAGAUUGCCAGACGUUUAUAUCAAUGGGUAUCAGUCUCGACAGGAAGCUUUAUGGAGAACUAGAGUAGCUGACCGGACUAGAAAUCUCUGGGACAUCAAGCCCGGAGUCUUAGACAAACCAACCCUGGCUGGAGAUGAGAACAGGAAAGGCAAUUAUGAUUGGCCAGCACAACUGGACAGGUUUAUUGAUGCUCUGAAGGCAUAUGAACAGGUCUUCUCGAUGUUCAAAGAUGCUGGCGUGACACGAAGGUCGUUUCAUACUACUGGUGGGGAGUACAGCCCUGAGAUGGCUCUCCUUCAAUUAUCACAGCUGAUGAAAGCAGUACAAGCUAAACGUAAGAAAAGCUUUGUCACGCUCAUGGCAUAUUUACGGGAUUAUUUCGAGGCAAUGUGCCUCACGUCUGCUGGUAGGAGGUUUGCGAUUACGGAGAAAGGAUACAUGGCACUGGUGCCUCCGCUUUCUCAAGCUGGAGACAAAGUCUGUAUUCUCUUCAACAUGGACGUUCCUUUUAUUCUUAGACAAGUUUCAGAGUCAACUCCGAUGGACUAUCAGAUUGUAGGUGAGAGUUACGUACAUGGGAUUAUGGAUGGAGAAGCUUGUAGAGCUGGGAGUUUAGAAGUUGACUUUCGAAUUGUGUGA